AUGGGCACGAGUCACGUGCUUCGCGACCCGCUGAUUAAUGGUGACCCGGCCGACUACUUUGUGGACGAAGCCCUCGAGGACAUUUACAAGCGCUACGAUGUGCGCAGCGAAGAUCGCGCGGCGUUCAGACUCCCCGCAUCAAUCGUGGGCGGGCUCCUCGGGUCGAGGACGGAGAUAGACCCGGCAAACUACUUCAAGCCUGAGCUGUUGGAGGACAUUUACGAGCGCUACGACGUCCGCAGCGAAGAUCGCGCAGCGUUCAGACUCCCCGCAUCGACUGUGGGCGGUCUCCUCGCAUCCAUCGUGGAGCUUAGGCCAGGAGACUACUUUACCGACAUUGAUCUCGACAGCUUCUUCGAGUACUACGGCGUGUCCCACGGCAGCCGCUCGACCUUCACCGCCUCGCCAGGGAUGAUAGGGGCGCACUCCCGUGUGAUCGCAUCCGCCCACCUCACGCCAGACGAGCUCAACGAAGUGUCCGACGCCAUCGACGCCCACGGCAAGCUCCCGAUGUACGUCGUUUCCGGCUUUAUUGCUGCACGCGCCCAGGUCAACCCCAGCGACCACCUUACUGGCAAGGCUCUCGACGAGUAUCGAGCUCGGCACGGCCUCGAAGCCGGAGCGUCGUCGUCGUUCAUCGAAGUGCGGAGGACAGCCGCGAGGGACAAGAGCAAGCCGUCCGAGACGAUGUACGUCAGCCGGUUCGACUCGUCGCAAAACGUCGUCCUCGUACACAUCUACUCCCGCGAUCUGGUGACCAAGGCCAAGACGCUCGUUGACUCGCGGUAUCUGCGCAUCCGGCUUUGCGGAGAGCGCGCGCUCUCGCCCGUGCUUGCCGUCCCGGUCGGCUCCGAACUGCUGCAGGCCGUCACCGGCGAGGUGAGGAAGGUGAAGCCGGGCACAACCUUCCAGGUCAGGUGCCGCAUCGAUGUGGUUGGCGGCGGCCCGGACGGCGGCGGGCAGCCACGCUACAUCGAGCACGUCGGCGUCAAGCUCGGCGUGUACAACGUCAACCCGGGCAGCGCCAACACCGCUGCACACGUCAAAAAGCGGACCAGGAUCAGGACCCCACCCACGGCCCGCCUCGUGGUCCAGAUCAAGCCCAUCCCCGCCGACAGCCGCCUUCCGACAUGGGCUCUGGUCCGCAUGAGCGUGCGCCUCGCUCGCCGCAACCAAAACUUCCAGCGCGGCGUCAUCGGCGCCAGCGGCCGGGCCGAGCCGUUUCUUCUCGACCUCACCAGGCCUCACUCGGUCCUCUCGAUGAAGGGCAACGCCACCGGCUUUCAGCUCCGUGUCACUGCUGCUGACAACGGGCCUCGGCUGCGCAAGUUCGACUUUCAGCGCUACGGAGCGUGCGUCAAGCCAAAGUCCCCCGGCGGCGAGACCACGCAGCACCACCACCAUGACCAGCCCGACACGCGCAUGCGUCGAGCGCGGUUCCACGCCUACGGCAAGGCGCACAACCCUAUCUCGUACGACAACCGCGCACAGAACAGACUCUCCGUCGUGCUCGGCACCUAUCGCCAAGCGAGACCGUCAGCCGGAAGCUCCACCGCGCUGUCCUUUGUCAUCAGCCGCGCCGGCGCGCACAACGUCCACACCGGCAAGUACAUCUAG